UUUCCGCUUCCGGUGGCGCUUCCCCGUGGCGCGCUCUUAAAGCGAAGCGGUCACCAUGGAGCUGGUCGGGGAGUACGUAGGCCCUGACGGGGAGCCUCGGCCCCUACGGGUGUCCUGCGAGACGUCAGGUGACGCCGACCCUCUCCAGAGCCUGUUGUCGGGCGUAGCCCAGAUGAAGGAGCUGGUCGCCGAGUUCUUUGGUUCCCUGGGACAGCGGGAGGCGCCGGGCCGAGUGGGGGCGACCCCGGACGACGCGUUGGACGGUGAUGAUGAAGAUGAUGCAGAAGAUGAAAAUAACAUUGUUAAGAGAAGUAACUCAGACGGACCAUCUGCAAAACGAUCCAAACCACCAUCUUAGCAAUAGCGUUUAUGAAAUUCAAAAGACUUCUGGUGAGCUGGGCCAGGUAGAGUGCAUUGCCUGUGUUCUCAGCUAUUCAGGAGGCUGAGGCAGGAAGAUUGAAAAUUCAAGGCCAGCCUGAGCUAUGUAGCAAGAUACUGCCUCAAAAAAAAAAAAAAAAAAAAGAGGAAAAAGGACUACUACUACAUCUUACAACCUAUUCAUGCUGAUAUUUAAGGGAUUUUGAACUGUAGUUUGGGAAAGCAUUCAUUUUAUUCCCUGGAACAAGUUUAUCAGAGGGAAAAUUUUGUUUUUUACUAGAGAAAGAUAAAAUAAAUGUUUGGGACUACAGUCUAUUGUCUUGAGUGAGACAUUUCAGGCUAUAGAAAUAACAAGUCCAAGUUGGCUACUGAAUGUUUAUCAUUGUGUUCUUUUUAAAAAACAACUACUGAGUUAAAGUGUGUGAUAUCUA